GGAGUGCGCUGAGGGAACGCGUGGAGACUUCUUCCCUCGUCACCCCUCACAACUCGCCAGCCACUCCUGACGCAGUUCCCCACCGCUUCGCCGCGACUUCUCGCUGGGAAUAUCCGGCUUGUCUUGCAGAAGCAGUGUAUUCAUAUACAGUUACCUUCGGAUAGCUGCCCACCAUGAGCGGUACCGGUGCGAGGUUCAGCAUCUUCCCUACUCGGAUGGCGUUGACGACCAUGAAGAAUAGGCUGAAAGGUGCCCAAACAGGCCACUCGCUGUUGAAGAGGAAAAGUGAGGCUCUUACGCGGCGGUUCAGGGAUAUAGUCAAGAAGAUUGACGAGGCGAAGCGCAAGAUGGGCAAAAUCAUGCAAGUUGCGAACUUCUCAUAUGCGGAGGUCAUGUACGCUACUGGAGAUAUCGGGUAUCAAGUACGAGAGAACGUUAAGCAAGCGCAGCUCAAAGUCCGGGCUAAAUCAGAAAACGUUUCUGGUGUCCAAUUACCCGCCUUCGACAUGUACGUCGAUGGACAAAAUGCGUCCGAAUUGACGGGUCUGGGACGGGGAGGACAGCAAGUCCAGAAAUGCAAAGAAACGUAUAAGAAGGCCAUUGAGGUUUUGGUGGAGCUGGCGUCGUUACAGACCGCGUUCGUAAUCCUGGACGAGGUCAUCAAAGUAACAAACCGACGUGUGAAUGCCAUUGAGCACGUUAUCAUCCCGAAGAUUGAAAACACCAUCAAGUUCAUCUCGUCGGAGCUAGACGAGGCCGAUAGGGAGGAGUUCUAUAGGCUGAAGAAGGUGCAAGGCAAGAAGAAGGAGAAGCUGGCCAAGGAGACGGCUGAGCGCGAAGCCCUGCAAGUGUCAGGGCAAGUGACGCAGGACUCCCAUCAAGCAUCGAAUCUGCUAAACGAGUACGAACAAGACCCCGAUAUCAUUUUCUGAACGUUUCCUUCGUGUAUGAUAUGCCACAAUUUUGUAAAGCGAUUGAAUCUCUCCGGACUUUCGGAAUCAGACG